AUGGACUAUGCGACCGAACCCUAUCAUGACCUUGCGACUGAGUCCCAUCAUGGCUAUGGGACUGAACCCCAUCAUGACCUUGCGACUGAAUCCUACUAUGACCAUGCGACUGAACUCCAUCAUGACCUUGCGACUGAACUCCAUCAUGACCAUGCGACUGAACCCAAUCAUCAUCAAGCAUUGCUCCUGGACUAUGACUAUCUUCGUCAGCACCAGGCAAACCUGCAACUUCUUGCCGACCAGAUUCGCGCUGCACAGAUGACCGCCAGUGAGCAAGAAGCUUGUAUCGCAGCUACGAUCGAGAGCCUUUGGGACCAAAAUCCAGAUCUACGUCGACGAGGCCUAAGAGGUGGAGCUGCGCGCAAGGCGAGAAAGACUGGAAGGACAUACACCCCGAUCAAAGACAUGAGUCCUGAUCAGAAUCACCGCCGACGACUCGUGGAGAAGCAGGACCAGCGUGAACGAGACCGGCGGAACGGAAUUCGUGCUCUGAAGACCAUCUUCAAGGACCACCUGACCCAUGUGGAAUAUCAAGUGGAGGAGUGUAGGAAGAUCCUAGCCCGUGAAUGGAUGACGAAGAGCGGCCUUGUGGCACCCUCACCGUACGAUAUCGAGUUGACCGACAACAUCCUGACCGGCGACAUGUCCGAAAUGAUCGAGGAGAUUCAGGCCAUGCUAGAGACCUUCUACGAUGAAUGCACUCUCUGA